AUCGGUAUUACCAUAUCAAUUAGGGUUAAUGUGGCCGCAAAUCGACGGUAUUGGCCUCUGGGCGGUAUCCCACAGUGCACCACUGUGACCACUCUGGACAGCAAUCUGAACUCGGAUGCACUGGCCAGGUAGACAGGAAAAGCCCCGCGAACUUUUGAAUUUCAUUUCCUGUUUGGCCAGUGUGGAGCUGUGAUCAGCACAGGUGACCACGCAGAGCUCAUCAGCACAGGUAACAAUGCAGUCUCCUGAGAAUCGAAAAAGAGCUCCAGCAUGGACUGCAUGGGAGGUACUGGAUCUGAUUGCUAUAUGGGGAGAGGAGUCUGUGCUAAUAGAACUCCGUUCCAAAAGACGAAAUGAAAAAACAUUUGAAAAAAUUUCCAAGGCUAUGAUGGAGAAAGGCCACACCAGGGACUCAGUGCAGUGCAGAGUGAAAGUUAAGGAGCUCAGACAAGCCUACCAGAAAACCAAAGAAGCAAACGGAAGGUCUGGGGCAGGGCCAAAAACAUGCCGCUUCUACGCUGAGCUGCAUGCAAUUCUAGGGGUGUCCGCCACCACUACCCCACCCCUGUCCAUGGAUUCCAAGGCGGGGGUGGUAAUUUCAGCCAUGGCUGAGGAUUCUGUGGACAGGGAAGAUGAGGAGGAGGAAGAGGAGGACGAGCUUGCAGAGAGCACACAGCACUCCAUUCUCCCCAACAGCCAGGAGCUUUUUCUCACCCAGCCCUCCCAAGCCAGUAGCUCAGACAAUGAAGCCAUGGAAGCGACCUCUGCUGCAAAUUUUUCAAGCCUCCCUACUCCAUCCCGAAGGCUAUCUCAGAUAAGGCGGAGUUAAAAAAAGACACGAGACGAAAAGUUCUCGGAAAUCAUGGAAGUAACCCGCAAUGAAAGAGCUCAUCUGAAUGAGUGGAAGGACGUGGUAUCAAAUUACAGAAAAGACGCCUGUGAACGUGAGGACAGGAAGGACGCUCGAGAUGAGAGGUGGCGCCAGGAAGAUCAGAGAUGUAGACAGGAAGAUAUGCGGUGGUGGGAUGCAACACUGGGGCUGCUGCGUGAUCAGACUGAUAUCCUCUGACGUCUGGUGGAGCUUCAGG